GUCAGGGUUGCGUAUACAGUAUCACUAUAGUUAAAUACAAUGCCGGACAGAGAAGUCACUUUGAACGUCAGGACUGAAUAACAGUAACUAUGAGCAAGUGGAGUUAUCUACACUCACCUCCAACUGUACCGAACGUGUACAUCAGUCUAAAUGACGCUAUAAAGAAAAAUGCAGAAACCUCUCCCAAUACAGAGGCGUUCAUCUAUCGUUGUGCAGAUGGAUCUCGCCAGAGUAUCAUCUCCAAAGACCUCUAUGAAAAAUCGAGAUGUGUGGCCAAGUACCUCAUUACCUCCGGUGUAUCGCGGCAGGACAAAGUUGGCAUUUUUGGUCCUAACACACUAGCAAGAAUCGUAGCGGAAUUUGGCAUCUUAUUGGCAGGAGGUGUUGUCCUUCAACUCAAUAUCAACGUCAAAAAUGCCACCGACGCCGCCGAUAUGUUAGACAAGGGUAGAUGCAGAAUUGUGUUUGCUGAUCCUGGUGAGAACGAUGUUUUGUUUCCGGUUAUAAGUAGUCUGGAAAACGAGGAUAAUAAUGAAAAGCAAAAUCAUCAGAUCAUCUUGUUGAGAAAAUCAAGUUCAACAAAGAUCGCCCACACUCUCCUCAGCGACAUUCAAAGUGCAGAGAAUGCAGGUACGGUUUUGCCGGAAGUAUAUCCCGAAGAUGACGCAAUUAUAUUCACUACAUCCGGUAGUACUGGUAAGCCUAAAAUGGUUGUCCAUAGUCAUUUUAAUUUCAUUAAUGCCUUUCUGCACGAUCUUAUCACAGAGCAAGACAAUAUCGAAGACGAUGGAUUCCGGUUGCAGUCCAUAACGACUGGUGGUCAAAUUAUAGACCAUUUCUGCACAAAAGUAUUAGGAAGGUUCUGCAGAUCAUUUUCAGUUGGAUAUGGUUCAACAGAGGCCAUGGCCGUCACCUUUCUGCCUGCUCUUUAUCCGGGAGAUCACCUCGAAACUGGAAAUGUAGGAACUCCUUUUAACGGUGUGGAAGUCAGGAUCGUCGACUCAGAAGGACGUCCAACAAAAAUAGGGCAGGUAGGCGAAAUUCAGAUCAGGAGUAGCUUUUUGAUGAAGGAAUAUUUCGCAGAUGAAGCUAUAACGAUGAAAGCAUUUACAGAUGAUAGGCAUAAAUGGUUUAAACCGGAAGAUCUUGGUUUGAUUACGUCAUCAGGAGAUCUGAUCAUACGCGGUAGAGUUAAAGAUAAUAUUUCCCGCGGAGGAAGGAAGGUGCUACCGGCGUUGGUGGAUGACGUAGUAAAGCAUCUAGAAGGUCUCCGUCUCGUGGCAACAGUGGCAGUUCCAGAUGCACGGCUGUAUGAAGAAGUAUGUGUCUGCUUCAUAGCGGAGGAAGGGGCUGACCUGUCACCAUCAGACGUUCAGCGUUAUUGUGAAGAAAAAUUCUCCAAGGAUCAAUCGUUAGAUGGCAUGGGGUCUAUGCCCAAAUAUUUUGUCAGAUUCGACGAAUUUCCAACGCUCUUCACAGGGAAGCCCGAUAAACAGGAACUGAGGCGACGGGCAGCAGGGCGCCUAAAUCUUCCUGUCCGUUGAUAUGGAAGCAUUACUGUAUGGCAUGCAGAUAACAAUUUAUUCUCUUAUAUAUUUGGAUUUCAUACAUGUUAUAUCUUAAACAGAACACAAGACGCAUUUUGUCACAACAAGUUAACAAAGUAAUGAGAAAACAGCUUAUAUGAAACUGGUUAAGUUAUUUAAGUUCUAAUAUAUAUUCUGAAAGAAAUUUGAAAAUUUUGGAAUGGUGAGUCGUUCUUUUCAUACUUCCAGGAAAAUUAUUUUACUUUGUGUUGUAUAUGGCAGGUAUAUAUUUGUAUAUCAUGUUUGCUCAUUCAUCCCUGCAGACACAUUUGAACUCGUUCAAAUCAAAGGAUGAAUAGUUCAUUAUGAAAUUCAAGGGGCGAAUGAGCUUACAUAAAUAGUGAGAGUUAAUUUACAAUAUGGGUCUGUUCAUUAUCGGAAAGACAUCACUUUAUUGACGAUGAUGCUGUUCAUUUUGAUAUUUAAGUAGCAUCAUUGUUUAUAGGUAAUUUACACAUUUUGAUUGUGGAGUUUUUAAGUUUUAGCUUGCAUGGCCGGUAAGCUAAUUGAAGUAAAAAAGAUAACUAAAUACAAAUUUAAAUUACUAAAUACAGGUGUGAUACUGAACGUUUUAUAAUUUCCUUUGUGUUAACUACAACAAUGUCGUUAAUUCACAAACAAUAAUUGAUGUUGCCAUUAUUUAUCAUUUUCGUUUUUCAUAUCUCUUCUAAUCAUAAAAUCGUUUAUGUUUUACAUUCAAAAACAAACUUCAUCAGUAAUAACUUCAUUGAAAUGAAAAAAAAAAAAAAAAGGUUAAAAGAAUGUUCAUCAAAUCUUUUCCAUAUCUACAAUUUUAUUGUUCACGCUACCUAGUGAUGCAUGUUAAUGGUAAUAUAUUUUUAUUCUAAAGAGUUAAGUUAUUUUAGUUACAAUGUAUAUCUCACUAAUCUGUUAUCCUUGAUAAAGUUAAUAGAUACAUACAUGUACACGUCAUUUGUUUUUUAAAAAGAGGAAACUUGUUUACAUUUCAUUUGUCACGAAACUGACAGACGACCUGCAAUUGAUACUGGCUUUAGUGUUAAAACAUUUAGGUGACGCGUGACUCUCCAUAUUUGUUUCUUCUAGGUAAAAUGAUUAGAGAAUUGGCAGGCUCAAAGCAUAUUUGAACUUGAUAUUAUGAUAUACAUGUAGGAUAACUGAUUUAUUUUUCGAUUAAUGAAUAUCUAAGUAGUAUCCUAACUGAAGGUGCGCAUAGUAAUUCAAUACAUAAUUUAACGUUUUAUUUUAACAUUGUGCAUUACCGUAGUACGAAUUGUUAACAAACCAGAACAAUUUUUAAGCUGUCUGAGCUACAGCUGGGCUAUUUUUUGUAUUACCAUUCAAAUUAAAGAGCUAGUCCAUCGUCGCGAUUUACAGCAAAACAAUAAAUAUUUCAACAUUGGA